CCCGGGUUGAACCCGGACGCAGUUAUCCUGCCCGUUUCGUCUGUAACUCCUCCUCCUUGAAUGUGCCGGAGCAGAAAUAGAGAACUACAAGCAGAACUAAAUUGUUGAAGAAGAUGUCUAUGCUUCUGAAUUGUGUUGCUGCACCACCUUCUUGUGCCACUAGGAAAUGGAAACCUGCUGUGCUUGGGAAACAGUUACCUUCUGGAACAUCACCGUUUUCAUUAUCAGCUAAGACUUACGGAAAGUUUCGCGUCAAUGCGUUUUUCUUCAAUCCCAUACAGGAACCCAUUCUCAAAGAAGCUCUCAAGGAGCCUGUUGCCUUUGCAGGAGGGAUGUUUGCUGGGCUUCUAAGACUCGAUUUGAAUGACGAUCCUCUGAAGGAAUGGGUUUCUAGAACAGUUGAGGCCUCAGGAGUUACAGCUGAAGAAAUUGAGGCCGGUGAUGAUGAUCAAGCAGAGGACACCCCACAACAGAUAGAAAUUGAAUGAGUUUUCUAAUCUGUCUUCCUGUGUUGCCACUGCCCUUGUAAAAAUACAAUAAUUGUGGUAUAACAUAUAACUUGUAUGGUGGAGAAAAACCCUAUAAUGUGUACUCUUUAAGGAAAUCGAAAAAUCUACAUGAAAUAUGAGCAUACGCUUAUAUUGGUUGAGUA